AUGGAAAAACAUAGCAUCUCCGACAUUGAAAAAGACAGUUUCGGGACUUCCGCGCCGGUGUCGUCCACGGGCCGUAUCUAUAUGGCGCUCGGCGUAGAGCUCGUUGCGUGUGCGCUCAUCUACGUCAACUACGACAAACUCAACGCGUCCGCACUCGGGGCUUGGGUGCCGCAGAGCCUCCUCGCGCCCACACUUCUCGGGAUGUCCAGCGCGUGUCUCGCGCAGCUGGUCAAUCAGGGCUUUCUCAUGAAACAGCCACGCCGCUUCAACCUUUCGCGCUUGGCCAAGUUCGGGAUUUGGGGCGCGAUCAAUGCGGUCACCACCAACAUGUUCUUCGAUGUCUUGCGCGCACGUCUCGACAUGCAACGCGACGCGGUCACUGCUGUGCUCCUCGACCAGUUUGUUAACUCGCCUCUCUGCCAAUUGCUCUUUGUGAUCUGGCACAGCAUCUGGGACGAUCUUGCGUUGGGGCCGUUGUUGCGCACGACGUAUCCGCGCUCGCUCAAGACGAGUUACAUGUUUUGGCCGUUUGUGUCAAUAUUUACGUUUUUCGUAUUGCCACAUGGGUUGAUGUUUCCGGUGAACUGUAUCGCAAAUAUCGUGUGGACGGUGGUGUUGGGGGUUCUAACAUAG